UAAAAUUUCUUCUAGAUCUUGCAGCUGGAACAACUACUGAAUCUGCGAACUGGACUGGACGUCUUGCCCGAGUCUUGCCCGAGUCUCGCCUCAUAUAUUUUUAGACCCGAAAAAUUGAGCUGCGGCGGCAGAAGCCCACCGAACACGGCGGUUCGACAGAGAGAAGAAGCGAGACAAUGGCGGUAGGAAAGAUGUUGAAGAAGGCAUUGGUGCAGCACCCGGCGUACGCAUCGAAAGGAAGCAUUGUAAAUUCCCAAAUCAAAGCCAAGGUCACCCCACCUUCUUCGUCUCGGUUGGGUCAGUUCCUUGGAAUUCCUGAACCCACUCGUUCCGAUCUCUCCAAGCUCAUCUCCCGUUUUAUCAAGCUCAACAAUCGCCAGAAUCCUGGAAUGAAGAAGGAUAAUUUCACUGAAGAUAAGCUGAAAGCGUUACUGGCUGGCAAAGAAAGAGUUGGUAUCCCUGAAAUAGCGAAGCUGCUCUCCCAGCAAUUUGUCAAAUCUGGCUGAAGUAUGCCUGCCUGCCUCCACCACCGUUCGUAAGACCUCGAAGUGGUGUUCCAGCUUGGAAACAUAUGUAGUAAAAACCCAUCUCCAUUAUCAAAACCCGCAUCUUUAACUCUUGUUUUGUGUUCAACAAACAUUGAAGUCCUGGUACAUUUUCGUGGAGCUCCUCUCCCUUGAGCUAGGAUAACCACGUUCCUUCGUGCUUGCUCACAUGCUGAAUGAUUUUGGAGCAUCUAGCUUGAGAUUCAUAAAUUAGAACCUUCAGGUUUGCAUUCUCACUUAAGAUUUCUUGUUAUGCUGUUCUUAAUUCUGAACUCUGAUCCAGACCUGUCAGCCUCCGAGUCCGAGGUGAUUGAUCAUCUCAGGUUUUUGUAGGAUUUCUAGGUUGCUCGAGUUUCGUCCAUAAGCAGGUUGUUGGAAUUCAGACGACACAAUGGAAAAUUGAGAAUUUUGAUUGGAUGAGGGAUACCAACUGCCAUCCAGUUGGUGAUAGCGUCUGAGUGUCA